UCGCGCGGUGGGGCUCGCUCGCGCGGCAGCGGCGGUAGCCGAGGCCUCUUGGUUCUGCGGCACGUGACGGUCGGGCCGCCUCUGCCGCUGUCUCCACUGCAGCGCCGGGCCAGGUGUGCGGGCGGGUGGAGGCGCUGGCACCGCCCGCGGUCGCCGUAAAACUCGAGGCUGUCCUGGGGGUCCAUGACUGUAGUGAUUUUAAUUUGGCUAAGAUAGGAAUUUAAACAGCCCAUUGUGAAACUCUCAUAGCACCGACUAGCCUAGCUACAGGUGGUUCAUCCACCCAGCAUUUGCGUCCUGGCUCAGAGGGGCUUUGCUGUAGAGUUUAAGAACAUGGAAGGGAAGUGGCUGCUGUGUAUGUUACUGGUCCUUGGAACUGGCGUUGUUCAGGCUCAUGAAGGACACGAUGAUGAUAUGAUUGAUAUUGAGGACGACCUCGAUGAUGUUAUUGAAGAGGUAGAAGACUCCAAAUCGAAACCAGAUACCAGCACUCCUCCAUCUCCCAAGGUUACCUAUAAAGCUCCGGUUCCAACAGGGGAAGUGUAUUUUGCUGAUUCUUUUGACAGAGGAACCCUGUCAGGGUGGAUUUUAUCCAAAGCCAAGAAAGAUGACACUGAUGAUGAAAUUGCCAAAUACGAUGGAAAGUGGGAGGUAGAUGAAAUGAAGGAAACGAAGCUCCCAGGUGAUAAAGGGCUUGUGUUGAUGUCUCGGGCCAAGCAUCAUGCCAUCUCUGCGAAACUGAACAAGCCCUUUUUGUUUGAUACCAAGCCUCUCAUUGUUCAGUAUGAGGUUAAUUUCCAAAAUGGAAUAGAAUGUGGGGGUGCCUACGUGAAACUGCUUUCCAAAACCCCAGAACUCAACCUGGAUCAGUUCCAUGACAAGACCCCUUAUACGAUUAUGUUUGGUCCAGAUAAAUGUGGAGAAGACUAUAAAUUGCAUUUCAUCUUCCGCCACAAAAACCCCAAAACGGGUGUAUAUGAAGAAAAGCAUGCUAAGAGGCCAGAUGCAGAUCUGAAGACCUAUUUUACUGAUAAGAAGACACAUCUUUAUACAUUAAUCUUGAAUCCAGAUAAUAGUUUUGAAAUAUUAGUGGACCAGUCUGUUGUGAAUAGUGGAAAUUUGCUAAAUGACAUGACUCCUCCUGUAAAUCCUUCACGUGAGAUUGAGGACCCAGAAGACCAGAAGCCUGAGGACUGGGAUGAAAGACCAAAAAUACCAGAUCCUGAUGCUGUCAAACCGGACGACUGGGAUGAAGAUGCACCUGCUAAAAUUCCGGAUGAGGACGCUUCAAAGCCUGAAGGCUGGUUAGACGAUGAGCCCGAAUACGUACCUGAUCCAGACGCAGAGAAGCCAGAGGACUGGGAUGAAGACAUGGAUGGAGAAUGGGAGGCUCCUCAGAUUGCCAACCCCAAGUGUGAGUCGGCCCCUGGGUGUGGUGUCUGGCAGCGACCUAUGAUUGACAACCCUAAUUAUAAGGGCAAAUGGAAGCCUCCCAUGAUUGACAAUCCUAACUACCAGGGAAUCUGGAAGCCCCGGAAAAUACCAAAUCCGGAUUUCUUUGAAGAUCUGGAACCUUUCAAAAUGACUCCUUUUAGUGCUAUUGGUUUGGAACUGUGGUCCAUGACCUCAGACAUUUUUUUUGACAACUUCAUUGUUUGUGGGGAUCGAAGAGUAGUUGAUGAUUGGGCCAAUGAUGGAUGGGGUCUGAAGAAAGCUGCUGACGGGGCUGCCGAGCCAGGUGUAGUGGGGCAGAUGAUUGAGGCCGCAGAGGAGCGCCCAUGGCUCUGGGUGGUCUACAUUUUGACUGUAGCUCUGCCCGUGUUUCUCGUUAUCCUCUUCUGCUGCUCUGGAAAGAAACAGUCCAGUCCCGUGGAGUAUAAGAAGACCGAUGCUCCUCAACCAGAUGUGAAGGAGGAAGAAGAAGAAAAGGAAGAGGAAAAGGACAAGGGAGAUGAGGAGGAGGAUGGCGAAGAAAAGCUUGAAGAGAAGCAGAAAAGUGAUGCUGAAGAAGACGGGGGCACUGCCAGUCAGGAGGAGGACGACAGGAAACCUAAAGUAGAGGAGGAUGAAAUUUUGAACAGAUCACCAAGAAACAGAAAGCCACGAAGAGAGUGAAACAAUCUUAAGAACUUGAUCUGUGAUUUCCUCUCCCUCCCCUUUCCCUGCAAGUGUGGUCCUAGGAGAGGGCCUGGCACACCUUAGGUUGAAACUCAGAAAACCUCCAGACGUCACCAUCGACAGGCUCUAGUCGAACACUAGCCCGUGUAAUUGUAAACAUCUAAGCAGUCAGUAAUUGCAGUUGUGACAUAAAGGACCCUGUGUCUGUAGAAAGAAAGCAUAUAACAUUAAUGGUUGUGAAAUGUAACAUGAAGCAACUAACUUGUAUUUUGUUUUCGUUUUUGUUUUAAACAUCUUUGUUUUUUAAAAUAGAGUGAUAGAACUUUGCCAGUCUUUAAAAUCUUGGCUUAAUUUAAUAUAUUAAUCUGUCCGUGCAGAAAUAACACCAACCUUUAGAAAUGCUAGGGGGAUGAAUUGCAGUUUUUAGAACCAAAUUUGUUUUUUAAGUUUGGUGUUACAAAACAUUCAAGUGUUCUCUGUCCCUUAAAAUUGAUAAUCAUGUUGAAAGUGCAGUCGUUUGUGGUUAUAAUCUUGUUUUGCUUGCUUCCAUCGCCCAGUUCCUCCUAAGGAAACUGAGGAAAUGGACUGGAUGGAAGCCCAAAUUUAUGUAAAGGUUCCGUUUCAGUUGUAUUAAAAAUAGACAUACAGAAAGAAGAAAUUUUUCCUCUUGAUGUUGGUUAGACCAUACAGUGCGUGUGUUCUGUUGCCCUUGGAACAGCUCCGUUCCCAGACAGCUUUGCAGUCAGUGGAGGAAGUGGCAUAAGGUGGCACACGGGCAGUCAUGCUUCCCAAACUGGGGGAGUCUGGGCUCCAGCCGUCCGGAGCAGGGGGCUGUUUAAGGAAUGCUCCCAGGGCAUGGGGGCUCCCAAGUAGACGCAGAUGUUUUCAUCACUUCCACUGUGUUGACACUGUUUCCUUCCCUGUUGCCUCAGAUCCCCAGCUUUCUCCUCUGCUAUGCAUUUUCUUCACAGCGCAGCUUGCAGUCCGUCGCUGAAAAUGAUUAUACGCUCCGAAUAGUGUUAAGCUUUAUUGUGAUUGUUUCUUCUUCCUUUUUUAAGCAGACCCACACCUUUCCAGGGUCAAAGUACAGGAUAGAAUACUGUCUUUCAUCUUUAUCCAUUUCUUUUUACUCUGUGUAAAGACUUGAGAAGUCUAAGCCAGAGGUGAGCCAAUUCAGAAUUGACUGUAAUUGAACACAGGCUAAAAGUAUUUAUGGGAGGAGUGACCUACAGCAUGAAUUAUCUGAUUUUUUUUUUUUUUUUAGCUGCUAACUUUUUAAGUCUUCAUUUGCAGUUCUUAUAACAUUUGUGUCUUAAAUUACAUGAUAAAGCAGUCCUGUUGAAAAAAAAUUUUUUUGUUUGGGUAUGUGGCUUGUAGAAUUCUUUAAAAAGUGAUCUUAGAUUUGUUUUUUUUUCAUGUGGAAUGCAGAUGGGUGCUAUCAGAGCCUCUCCCCCAUCACUCUAGUGUAAUAUCAUUAUUACACCACACUGAAAUGUGUUCAGAAUUGUUUUAGCUUUAUUCUUUCUUCAGAGGUGUUUCAAAUGUACCGAUGACACUGUUUCUUGCACUGAAUAUAUAAACACUCCAAAGUGUUUAUAUUGGGGAGAUUUGGGGAGGAAGUAUAUUCGUAAAAGAUGAAGGCUGUAUCUGUUUAUUUUGUUUAUCUUCAAUUUUUUACUGGUUCACUGAAAUUCUUAGGAGGGUGGGAUGAAUUUUUCUUGCUGUUCCGUGCUUUAUCCUUUUCAUCUGUUGUUAUGUGGUCACAGUGACCUUAGCUAUGUAGCAGACUUUCCCAAAUGUAUUGAGUGCAAAUAAACAGUUACUUAGCAAGACCUGAAAAUAUGUCUGCAGGUUUCUCCUUGAAGCAAAUGUGUGGGAUUAUUGCAUUUCCAGAAACCUGCCUUCCUCACUGGUGACCUUACGUCUCCUGUCUCACCUAACAGUUUCUUCCAGCUGAUCUGUGGAAUGACAAGUACAAACUAGAAGGUUCAUUUGCCUUUCUGGGAUUAUUUAGUAGCAAAGUUUGUUUAAAAAAAAAAAAAAAAGGAAGAAAAAAAAUCUUUUCUUGGUUUUCUCUUUGUUGAAGGUGCGCCCUUCCGAUUAAAUGUCUGACACAUUAAUGAAUGACCAGCAGUAUUUAGCUCUUAAAAUGCACUUAAAUUAAUAGUUUUCCAUGCUGGCUGUCUUGUCACAGUGUUGUAAAAUCCCACUCCAUCAGAUGUGUUCAAUUUCUCUUAUCCACAAAAUACUCUCCAUUUUUCUCAAAUUGUCACGUCACUAAAUGGUAUUACAUUAAAGCCCUGUGUUAAGUGUC